CACAGCGCUCGCACGCCAGACGCAGGAGAUAGAAAGAGAGCAAAGCAGAGUAGAGGAGAAAAGGAGAAGGACAGAGACGGACGGACAGACCGAGAUUCACGAGUAACACGCCGUCGCUGCUCGCCACCGGGCCCGCAACGCCAUCUGCAACGCGCCGUGGAUGCACAUUCCGUGGGACACGCAGUGCAUACACACACACAUAUAUGUGUGUACGCGUAUACAAUACAGUUCUGUACGCGUACCUGAGCGCUGCUCGCUUCGCAAUCCGUCGCCCUGCGCGCGGCCGCAUACAGACGCUACCAUGUCCACGCAGCAGGCUCCCUCGAUCGACUUCUCAAUCGCCCGGAAUCUGACCAACUUCCAGCUCGUGGAACUGCCAGACGAGCUGGUGCAACUGAUCGCGGGCCACGCCGGUCCGUCGCCCGUACUGCAGCUGAAAUCCGAAGCCGAAUCCGGGCACGCGGUGCUCUGCUCAAGCAACAAAACGUUCCCCGUCCGCUCCGUUCAGACGUCCAAUUCAUUGUUCGUCGUGCGACCGGCUGUGACACGCGGCCAUGAUCCGGACGCCGUGCCAUCGCACGGCAUCCGAGCCAUUUCCUCGUGCGGCAUCACGCUGGAGCUGUCCCAGUCGACCGAGUCUGCACUGCCCUACCUGAGAAAACGGCUGCCAGAGUACUCGUCGCGCAACUCGGACGUGGCCGCCGCCGCCAAGGCUUCGUACGAAGACGUGUGCAGCGACAUCCCCCUUUCGAGCGGUGAGAUCCACGACGCGUGGCUCUCCAUCUGCGCGUUCGAAGAACAAGGAGCCAUCUUCCGCCCAACCGCAGAUGUGCUCUUGCAGCUGUGGAGGUCAAUCGUGACGGCAGCCGUAGCCGCAAGCAUCGACAUGGGAUCUGCAUUUCCCACCGAAGACUUGUGGAGAUCGGUGGAGGAUGAAGACUUUCCGAGAGGAAUGUUUGAUGCUCUGCUACGACGGAUGGAAGAUCCCAGCGUCAUGAGCGACGAAGACAACGGCUCCAGAAGUACGGCUACAAAGCGACACGCACGUGAGUGCGCGCACGAAGCGCUGACCGUUUCAUCUAGGUUGUUCCAUUGACCAGACGAGGUGCGCACAACUCGUCGCUGCGCUGCUACUGGAAACAAGCGCUGCGGCCGACCAGGCGAUGCAAGUCUCUGCGUUCAUGGAAGCGUGGAAGGACACUUUAUUUGAGAAGUGGCGAGGCGAUCUGAGCCUGGAUCUUCUGCAGCCCACGGCCGACACUGUUGUAUUGAAGCCCGAACACAUGCUCGCAGGCUCGUCCAGCGCAGCCUCCCAUGGUCUCGAAACGAGGCCUCCAUCAAAGGUUCGGAAGUGGCAUGAGAGAUUCAAGAAGGGCCGGACUUGAGCAGCCCGCUCGUAGAGCUGCAGUUGAAUACGUUUUUUUUUUGUGCGCUCCAUACAGGCAGGCUACGCAAUAUCAACCUAGAGAGAUCAUCUAUUGUCUUUGCACUCGUGAGUGGACACGUGUUUCGCC